GAUAACAUGGAGGGCAACUGUGCAAUCAGGAAAGAUGUCACCGAAUUAAUCGGCAAUACCCCGAUGGUGUAUCUCAAUAAUGUUGUGGAUGGUUGUGUAGCUCGAAUUGCUGCCAAGCUAGAGACAAUGGAACCCUGCUCUAGUGUGAAAGACAGAAUUGCGUAUAGCAUGAUCAAGGACGCAGAGGAUAAAGGCCUGAUUACGCCAGGGGAGACUGUCCUCGUUGAGCCCACGAGUGGAAACACCGGCAUUGGAUUAGCGUUCCUUGCAGCUAGCAAGGGUUACAAGCUCAAGCUAAGCAUGCCAUCCAUAGUGAGUCUCGAAAGAAGAAUCGUGCUCCGAGCUUUUGGAGCUGAGGUGUACAUAACAGAUCCUGCCAAGGGUAUUAAGGGAGUUUUUGAUAAGGCCGGGGAGUUGCUGAGUAACACACCUAAUAGUCAUAUGCUUUGCCAAUUUGAAAAUCCUGCAAAUCCAAAGAUUCACUAUGAAACCACUGGCCCGGAGAUAUGGAGAGACUCGGGAGGGAAAGUUGAUGCUCUAGUUGCAGGGAUAGGGACUGGAGGGACAGUAACUGGUGCAGGGAAGUUCCUAAAAGAGAAAAAUUCCGACAUCAAGGUUUACGGUGUAGAGCCAGCCGAAAGUGCUGUGUUGAAUGGUGGCACACCAGGGAUGCAUCUGAUCCAAGGAAUUGGUGCCGGUUUCAUACCUAAAGUUCUGGAUGUUAGCCUUCUCGACGAAGUUAUUCAAGUAUCCAGCGAGGAAGCUAUCAAAACUUCUAAGCUACUUGCCCUAAAAGAAGGUCUUCUGGUGGGGAUUUCAUCUGGUGCUGCAGCAGCUGCUGGUAUAAAGUUGGCAAAGAGGCAAGAAAAUGCUGGGAAACUCAUUGUUGUUGUGUUCCCCAGCUUCGGAGAGCGUUAUCUGUCUACUGCGCUCUUCGAUUCCAUUAGGCUUGACGCAGAAAACAUGAAAUUCGACUGACAAUGUUGUCGAAUUCCAUACAAUUCCAAUUUAUGAUUUGUAUCAUUGUAUGAUUGAGCAAAAGUUGUGAUUCGUGUAGGCCAUCUUGUUGGUAGCUUCAGCAGAACUAAUCAACAUCCUUUCCUAAAUUAAACACUUACACCGAGUCAACAUUUCAAUCAAAAUUAAG